AUGAAGUUUAUGGAGUAUAUGGAAUAUGUGGAAUAUGUGGAGUACAUGGAGUAUAUGGAAUAUGUGGAGUAUAUGGAGUAUAUGGACAAUGUGGAUUAUGUGGAGUAUAUGGAAUAUGUGGAGUAUAUGGAUUAUAUGGACUAUGUGGAGUAUAUGGAGUAUAUGGAAUAUGUGGAAUAUGUGGAAUAUGUGGAGUAUAUGGAAUAUGUUGAGUAUAUGGAGUAUAUGGACAAUGUGGAUUAUGUGGAGUAUAUGGAAUAUGUGGAGUAUAUGGAUUAUAUGGAAUAUGUGGAGUAUAUGGAGUAUAUGGAAUAUGUGGAAUAUGUGGAGUAUAUGGAAUAUGUUGGGUAUAUGGAGUAUAUGGAAUAUGUGGAGUAUAUGGAGUAUAUGGAGUAUAUGGAGUAUAUGGAAUAUGUGGAGUAUAUGGAGUAUAUGGAGUAUAUGGAAUAUGUAAAGUAUACCGAUUGA